CCGGGACGUUGCAUGAAGUCCAAUGAGAACAAAUAAUAGUCCUGUCGUGCUUGUUAAAUCAUCUUCAUCGAUGAUAACUUUUUGCUGUUAAUUUUAGAAAAACAAGGACUGCAUGUCAAAGUGUGCUCAUUCUUCGUUUGACUCUAUAGUAAGACAUUUUUAGAAAAAAUCAUCCAAAAUGGAACCGACUAGUUCUAGUGCCAAUUUUCCGAAUGUCAGUGGAACCAACAUAGUGCAUCUAGAGACAAUAUCAAGCAGUUCUGACUUUUCCGACCCAUCAGUUGACUCUUCGUUUUUGAACGGAUCUAUUGUAGAGCAACGAAGAAAAGAAAUCUUGUAUUGCUUUUUGUGUCAAAAGAUAUCCAGCGACUCUUGUUGGAAGGACAGCCAUCUAGUUUUCGAUGUGUCUGAUAUUAUUCACUGCGCAAUCGGAAAUCACGUCAUUCUAUUCUACAAGACUAUUACAAAUUUAGACUCUGCCUUAGACCAGCGAAAGAAAUACGGAGAAGUUUUAAAUACUGUCGAGGACUCCCUGCAGCGCCUUACAAUAAACGUACGAGAGAAAAUAGCUCAUAACAACCAGCAAAUAAGUCAACUAGAAGUGGCAAAAAACGAAAUAGUAUCUUUUCGGGACAACUUCCUCUCCGCUGGACGUUCAUCCCGAACUGAUCGUGAGGAUUUUAGCAGUCAAAUUGAAGACUGCACCAAGAAACUUGUAGAUUCUUGCACGACCGCUGCCCAGAUUUAUCAGCUUUAUUCCGAUUUGCAGCAAUCUUAUCUGAAAGUGAUUAUCGAAGGACCAUACGGUAAUCUGUCGUCUGUUCACGUGGAAUCCUCGAUCGACGGACCCGUUAAUAUUCUUCAUGGUUUGGAUCAAGAUCGUCUUGAAGGACAUUCUACAGCAGAAGACGUUCGUCGUGUGAUUGCUUAUGCAUUGGAAACUUCCCUUUCUAUUAAAGAGGAAACAAAUGAAGUCCGCCGUAUAUAUCCAACGAAAGCAAUGCUGCGUCGAUCACCGUUCCCGGCACCUCGUACUUUGCUUGGUGCACCACUGCUGCAGCACGCAAAGACGCCUACAUCACCUAGAAAACCGUUUGAUUGCUGUAAUAAGAAUCCAACAUUGUCCUCACUUUCAAUUAGGCGGCUUUCAUCAUCAGAUGACGAAAGCAGUAACAUAACACUGGCACGUAAUAGUAUUCUCCCAUCGACAGCAACCGUAUCACUUCAGAAUCCGCCAAAUCCUCCGAAACCACUUUCAUUGAGGCCUUUAAAAAGUCUUAAAGGGAAAACGAGCUUCGCAUCCGAGCUUCCUUCCUAUAUAAGCUAUGAUUUAUCUAUUGAUUCUCCACAAUCUUCCGUAUCACCGGCAAAUAGCACUGUCUCCUUAACCGACGAUGCAUCGUCUCCAACACCUUCUUCAUUAAAUUUCUCUGCAGAAUCUAGAUCUGGCACUAAUGGAACGGAGUCAAGAAUAAAUAAACGGGUUCGUUCCAAUCUUGGUUUCGAUCCUGAGUCUCCAGAAUUUUAUGAAGUACCGAUAGGUCCAAAUUUAUCGUUGAGCAGUCCUCCUAUUGCUCAUUCAGUCAGCUUGGAGGAUGCAGUGCUAGAAAAUCGUCGUUUUGCUGCUGAUCGCAUUCGCAGCGCUUUAAAAAACACAUGUACAUGGCACCCUCAAACUAACUGGCUGGCCACCACCAGUGAUGGGGCAGAUGCCCUUAUUUGGAUAUUACCCGCACAGAAUGAAAACAAAGUUGAAAAUGAAAAUGUGAAUGAAUCAGUUCGGUUAGCGAAAUUCGCUAGCUUAUCAGAUACCUUUCGCAAACAAAACCGACGCGUUGCACUCGACCACUCGAAUGAUCCUGUUUUUCAAAUUGCUUGGAAUCCCAAUGGGACCAUUCUAGUUACAGGAUCGAAAAAAGGAGUCAUUCGAUUUUGGUCUACCGAAGGCAAAUUAAAUCCUGCAAUCCCGCCUGAAGCUGAAACCAUGGUAGAAACUCAUGCAAAUGAGGUUUUAGUUUUGAAAUUUAGUCCGUCAGGAAAGUACCUCGUUUCUGGAGGGAUGGACGGCAAAAUGUUGGUCUGGGAUAUGGACAGAUUAAGUCUGCGCCAGACUUUCACCUGCCAUUCAGAUCCAAUUUGCGAUGUUGACUGGAAAAUAAAUACAAAUAUUUUCGUGUCUUGCGCUUAUAAUGGAUUCAUCUUCAUUCAUCGAGUAGGGCAUGAUCAUCCACUGCGAACUGUUUCCGAUUAUCCCCGUUGGGUAAGAUCAGUCCGCUGGAAUCCUGGUUCAGAUGUAUUAGCAACUUGUUCUGUGGAUUCAUCGCUUCAAGUUUGGAAAGAUGCAUUAAAAAUUAGCUCUGAACCAAAGGAAUUGAAUGGUCAUUAUCGAUCGGUGAACGCCAUUUCAUGGCGUCCUGCUGUUUCCUCUGGACCAGGUGUUUCUUCAAUUAGGAGGGAUAGCUUGUGUAGCAAAUACCUGGCAAGUGGUUCUGAUGAUGGCACGGUUAUCGUGUGGCAUGCAACUUUAAAAACAAAAAUGGUUUUGAGCAGUAAGAAUAAAAGUAGCGUCAAGUGCCUCGCCUUCUCACCUAAUGGAAAACUUUUAGCUGCUGGCAGAGGUGAUGGUCAUGUAGAUUGCUGGUUUUCAAAGGGGAAGCUGUUUGGUUCCAUGAAACUCAACGGUGCAAUCUACACAAUAGAGUGGGACGCUACUGGCACGCAAUUGGCAGUUGCUGUCGGAGACUUUGGGAUAACUCUGAAGACACCAGCUGAAUUAAGGACACGUAGCUCAAAAGAAACCAAAGGGAAGGAAGAAACAGUUGACAGAAAGAAGGGAAAAUUGGAUAACAAGAAGAAAAAACAGAGGCGCAAGAGAAAAGAAAAGAAACUGGAGAUGAAGAAUAGAAAGAAGAAGACUAGCGACGAGAAGAGAGAGGAAGAGGACAUGAAUGAGGAAGAGAGUGAGGAGGACGACGAGUUUUUGGUGGAUAUCCAUUGGGUUUACCUGGUCGACCCAAUUCAACGUUGGUGAUAAAUUCGCCUCUUCGCUCAUUCGCCAUUUUGUCGUCUGUUUAAAAUUGUCGAAAUUUAAAAUUAAACCCCAUUUUUCUAUCCCUUUUUUUAUUUCAUUUAUGGUAGUUGCAAAUAUUAUAUAUUAUAGUAGUGGGCUGACCCACUACAAAAGUGGGUCAUGAGUGGAAAAUGUACGGUCCCUAUAUAUUUUCCGUCCCUUUCUCUAUCCAUAAUCUAGCAGCCCCUAAAACAGGCCCACGAACGUUUAAAACCUGUUAUCAUCUCUGUAGAAUAGGCAUGCCAGCAUAGUAUGGGUUCUUUUUAUAAAACAAUUUAAUGUAGUUAACCAAAUAUCGAUUUUAGGCAAAUCAAUGGCUGGUUUCCGCUUGCCGUGUUUCAAAUCGUUGGCUAAUUUGAGUGGACUAUCAGCUCGUGUUUCGACGGGCCCCCAGCACCUCCAACAAUGUCAAAAGCUCCAGAAUUGACUCCAGUCUAGACGCAGGAGCAGCACCGCCUCGAGCGUCAACUUAUCAUCGGAAAGAAUCAAUGACAAUGUCGUCUAUUCCCGUCACGAGGAUUGUUUUCUCCACAGUCAAACGAUGGUGCAGAGAUUCUUUGACCAGGCUUCCCUAUAGCCCAAUCACACAGCCGUGGAAUGUGGGAUAACUGGACGCAAGUAUACGUACGACAAAGUGCGCAUGCUUACCCGUCGAUUCGGCUCUGCCCUGGUCAGAAUGGGAUUCAAAAAAGGCGAAGUUUUGGGAUUGGUUCUGCCCAAUCUGCCAGAGUUCCCGAUUACUAUGCUUGGAGCCGCUGGCAUCGGUAUGCCCGUCACUACCGUUAACCCAAUCUACACUGCCGAAGAAAUUGCGCGCCAGAUGCAAAAUUCCGGUACAUCCGUCAUCGUUACUAUCCCACAAAUGGCCGAUACCAUCCGUGAAGUGGCCAGCAUGUGCCCGUCAAUUCGUCAACUCAUUGUAGUUGGUGGACAUCAAGAAGGAUUUGUUUCCCUGAUGGAAAUGUUCCAAGAUUCUGGUGAUCUUUUCAAUGAAAACAUUGAGGUAUUUCGUUUGUCUUUAUUUUUUAUUUUUCAAUUCAAUAAUUGUUGCUAAUUUAUUCGACAGCUUGAUCCAUUCGAUGACAUGUUUGUGCUGCCCUAUUCAAGGUAUUGGACUUAUAUUUUCUUUCGGGUAGUGAAAUAAUUGCAAUUUUUUAACACUUUCGUGGAACGACCGGUCUUCCGAAUCCUGCCGAAUCCUGCUCACCCAUUCAAACAUUUGCGCCAACAUUCAGCAAAUCAUUCAUCCUGGAACAGCUAGAGUUAUUCCAACAACAUCCAAUAACGUGUCAGACUCGUUUCAAGAAGUUUACAUCUGCGUGCUUCCAUUUUUCCACAUUUAAGGAAUGGUCGGCUCUAUGCUCACCGGUUUGGAUCACGGUGUCAAACUUGUUACCCUGCCGCGUUUCGAAAGCGAAUCGUUUCUCAAUUGCUUGUACCAACAUCACCCAACCAUGCUGCAGCUGGUUCCUCCAUUAGUUUCGUUCCUUGGACAUCGCCCUGACCUGAAAUUAGACGCUUUUCAUAGAUUGCACACAAUCUUUUGUGCAGCCGCUCCAUUGGGCCCCUCUGCGGCCAAUAAGCUUAUGGAUCGAUUGGGAAGACGGGAUAUUCUAAUGCAAGAAGGUUACGGAAUGACAGAGUCUUCUCCCAUUACUCAUAUGAGUCCAAUCAUCAACAACGAAAUCGGUUCAUUCGGAGAGCCAGUAUCCCGUAUCCGAGUGAAAACUAUGGAUCUCAAUACUGGCGAAUCGCUUAGACCAGGACAAGAAGGAGAGAUGUGCGUUUUUGGUCCUCAAGUCAUGAAAGGUUAUUA